GAAAGAUGAUUCUGGUUUCAUUUUGCACCACAGAACUGACAGUGGGAUGUUUUGAGGACCAAAAACAGAUAAUUUAUUGUUCACUUUCACUGUCUUUAGCCUUUAUCUUUUCUGCUGAGUAAAACAUUUUGCAGAGCUACACUGUCCAAAUCAUCUUGAGGAACAAUAAUGGCUGCUUCUUCAUUGCUGGACAAACCAUGGAGGGAACUACGCUGGGGAGAGAAGCAGAAGGAACUUCAGUAUGUGAAGGAAUACAAACCUGUAGUUGAAGACAUCAAGCAUCUUCGAGUCCUCAUGUUUGGACAUGUUGGAGCUGGAAAAUCCAGUUUCAUCAACUCUGUCAGUAACGUCCUCAGAGGCAGAAUGUCCAUUCCUGCUUUGACCAGUGCGACCACCUCCGACAGAAGCUUCACCUUAAAAUAUGAAACUCAUAAAAUCCGUGUAGGACGAGGAACUUCAAAGACAUUUUUUCCUCUGGUUUUCAACGACGUCAUGGGUCUGGAAGACGGGAGCAACAGUGGGAUUCAUGCUAGCGACAUCACGCUGGCGAUGAAGGGACACGUGAAGGAAGGUCACAAGUUUAACCCAAUAGCCCCACUGACUAAAGAGGAUUAUGGCUACAACCCAAGCCCCUCGCUUGAUGACAAGGUUCAUGUCCUGGUCUGUGUGAUGUCAGCCAACGCUCCACAGAUUAAUGCGUCGAUUCUGCAGAAGAUGAGGAAGGUCAGAGAAACAGCCAGUGAACUGGGAAUCCCUCAGAUGGCCAUGAUGACCCACAUCGAUGCUGCCUGUGGGGAAAUAGAGAAAGACCUGAAGAAUGUGUACAGAAGCAAACACUUGCAAAAAAAGAUGAAAGACUUCCAUUCAGCAGUGGGAAUCCCCAUGAACUGCAUCUUCCCUGUGAAGAACUACAGCGACGAAAUCGACCUGAAAGACGAUGUUGACAUCCUGGUCUUGAGUGCCCUGAGGAAAAUGGUCGACUUUGGAGACGAUUUCAUUGAGAAAAAUUAAACUGAUAUUAACAGUU